AUGAAGGAGAAUCUGGACUCACUACUGGCGUAUUUUAUGCUGGAAACGGGAUCCUACCUGAGUCAGCAAAUCCUACACGGAGGUGAACCUGGGCAGGCAUGCUGCAUCCCGAACCAGCCUUCAAUCGCUCGGUCUUUUAUCUCCCAUCUCGCCUUGGCUCAUGUUCUUCUAUUCCAACAUGCUCUUCUGCGUAUUCUCCGAUCAACGUCGCCGAUAACCAUCACGAUGGGUAGACCCAAGUUCUCCCAAAGUCGAUGGCGACAAGCUGCGUUUUACUUCGCCGUGGCAGCCUUCUCAACUUUUUUCAUCAACUUUGUAUUCACACCAUGGGCGAGCAUCCAGAAACGUGACACGAUAAGUGACGGUGUCGGUAUUCUGCUUGAUACGGACUGUUCAACCAUCCGAAUACUAAAUAUCGGGAUCCAUAUUCUGAUCAACGUCCUCGAUAUAAUUCUUCUUGCGGGUAGUAAUUACUGUACGCAAGGCUUAAUGGCACCAAACCGACCAGAGAUUGACGAUGCACACGCCAGACAACAAUGGCUCGACAUUGGGGUCGCCAGUAAGAAGAAGAUUUUCUGGCUAUUGAUUGCAGCUUCAUCCCUUCCAUUACGUCUGGUAUACAACUCCAUCAUCUUCAGCUCGACAUCAGUGAACGACUACAGCGUCUUGAAUACGAAUGCGUACAUUUCAAGGAACAAGACCGAAGGCGCACUCGACAAUGCAACACGAUGCAUCGACGCCCACCGAGUCGCUUUCCUGUCCUCACGAGGAAACUUACUCCAUGUAUCUGAUGAUAAGAAGGAAGAAAAUCGUACGGCUGAGGUCUUCGAUAUUUCGGGAUACCCAUAUCUUUGGAUGUGCGGCCAAUCAGGUGAAAGAAUUGCCGGCAUACCCGCUGGUAACUCGACAUGCGAGGACUAUCUGGUCGAAUUGCGAACUACGUCGGGAGGCUGGAAGCCUCUGGGAUCAAGCGUCAAGGAAUCGUUUAACUUUGCCAAAGGCGUCUUGAUGCUCUUCGUCGCCUUCGGAAUGGGCGAAGAAGAUCCUCUGAUGACCAUUGGAGAUGCAGUGACCUCUUUCCUUGAAGAUCAGGAUGAGUCGACUGCGGAUAUGUGCCUCAAGUCCAAGGACCACUUUGUUGCCCAACAUUGGUCCAAAGGUCCAAUACAAUGUGAUCUCAAACCGCAACGGAAGUCUGUCGCCAUUGGCCCAGCGGCUUGGUUUCUUUGCUUCUUGUUGUACUUUGGACUCAUCAUCGCCUGUGCAAGUUUGCUGGUUGGAGGCCUGAAUCACAUGUUAGGUGGCGGCGAUAUCACAAAGCUUGGUCUCGGCGCCAUGCAGACCAAGACCAUCCUGAACACGGAUGACAUGAGUCAAGGAUCUAUACUUGCUAAUCUUCUGCUUGUCAACACGCCUCAAAUUAUUCUGUCACUCAUUUACUCCACUUACAAUGCCCAGUACACCAGUAUAUCCUUGAUUGCUGAAUGGGACAGGUUUGGCAACGAGAAGGAGGCAAAGAGUCUUCGCGUCUCGUCUACACGCAGAGGAGCUCAGCGAGAUACCUACUUUCUUCAACUGCCGUACCGCUACUCGUUCCCUCUUGUAACAUUUUCAGGGGGACUUCACUGGCUCAUUUCUCGGAGCUUCUUCCUCGUCAACCUGGAGGUAUAUGUCCCUUCAGCUGAUGGCAGGUCUAUGGUACGACUAGUAGAGGGGAACUCGUUUGCCGGUGUGACAGCCUGCGGGUGGUCGCCACUCGGGGUUUUUUGUGUUCUCGUGGUAAUUAUCUUCAUGAUGGGAUUUCUCAUUGUCACGGAGAGAUGUCCUUUGCGAUUCGGGGUCAUGUCCUUGGCGGGCAGCUGCAGCGCGGCUACCCCUGCUGCGUGUCACCCUGACUCGGACGAGGGAAAGAUGUGGGAGAAGACUCUGAGAUGGGGCGUAGUGGACUCAUCUACCGUCGGGCACUGUUCUUUUUAUUCUGAGCCAGUCUCGGUCCCGGUUUGUGGUCGUUUGUACUCUUUAGAAGCUCACGAGCCGUGGACGAUGUCAUGGGGAGAAAAGAUCAACGGGGACCGAGAUAUAUCGUCGGUAUCGUCGACUGGCUUCGUUGCCUUUAAGGACGCGAAGGCUCCUCAGGGGUCAUACCCAAUUCAUAUAUACUGUCCUGCCUCAAGCAUUAAUGUCAACAAGGCUUGGUCAUACAUUCUCAAGAGUCGAGAUUUCCCAGGCAGGUCAGGUCAGAUAGAGUGGUAUACCCAACGGAUGUACACAGAAUGGACAGACAGGAUCUAA